GAUCUCAGCCUUAGGGCAGCCAUGAGCCUGGUAGCCUGCGAGUGCCUACCCAGCCCCAGCCAGGAGACUGAGCCCUGCUCAUGAGCACAGUCCCAGACCCACGUGUACCUGGAGCAGAUUCACAACCUGGUGGCCAUGGGGGCGCCUGACACGACCAAGCGUGACUACCUGGUGGAUGCAGCCACACAGAUCCGGCUGGCCCUGGAGCGUGAUGUUAGUGAGGACUAUGAAGCGGCCUUCAACCACUACCAGAAUGGUGUGGACGUGCUGCUCCGCGGUGUACAUGUCGACCCCAACAAGGAGCGAUGUGAGGCUGUCAAGCUGAAAAUUACCAAGUACCUGCGACGGGCAGAGGAGAUCUUCAACUGCCACCUGCAGCGGACACUGGGCAGUGGAGCCAGCCUUGGGACGGGUUUCAGCAGCCUGAGGCUCCGGCCCAUCCGCACGCUGAGCUCAGCCCUGGAGCAGCUGAGGGGCUGUCGGGUGGUCGGGGUCCUUGAGAAGGUGCAGCUGGUCCAGGACCCAGCAACUGGAGGGACCUUCGUGGUGAAGAGCCUCCCCAGGUGCCACAUGGCGAGCCGGGAGCGGCUGACCAUCAUCCCACAUGGCAUCCCCUACAUGGCCAAGCUGCUGCGCUACUUUGUGAGCGAGGACUCCAUCUUCCUGCACCUGGAGCAUGUGCAAGGAGGCACUCUCUGGUCCCACCUGCUCUCCCAGGCGCACCACAGACAUUCUGGGCUCAGGCCCGGUUCCACUCAGGAAAGGAUGAAAGUUCAGCUCAACUCCAACCUCAGCCUUCUAACUCCAGCACGGCUCCCCCUGGGCCACACCCCCAGGCAGGACAGAAUCUCCCUGGAGCAUCCGUGGACUUCUCAGAGCCUGCCCCCAGCCAAGGAGGCCCCAUCCAUCAGACCUAAGAGAGAGGCGGAAGGUGAACCAACAGCCAGGACCAGCACUUCCUGCUCCUUGGGCCUUCCAAAGGCCUCUCGUGGUCACCUGCACCUUCAAGCCAGGCGGGCAGGCCAAAGCUCAGACCCUAAGCCCCCUUGGGGGCUUCCUUGGGUUCGUGAGGGGGCCGACCGGGUAUUGGGAGGCUGUGGUCAAGGCAGGAUUCAGAGCCACCUGUCAAUGUCAGUGAAUGGGGCCAGCGAGGGGUGUGGCAGGACUGCCUGGAAGGUGAGGGAGGAGCAGGUGAAGCAGUGGGCAGCUGAGAUGCUUGUGGCUCUGGAGGCGCUGCACGAGCAGGGGGUGCUGUGCCAAGACCUCAACCCCCGGAACCUGCUCCUGGACAAGGCAGGUCACAUCCGGCUUACGUAUUUUGGCCAGUGGUCAGAAGUGGAGCCCCAGUGCUGCAGGGAGGCUGCGGACAACCUGUACAGUGCCCCAGAAGUGGGUGGGAUUUCUGAGCUGACUGAGGCCUGUGACUGGUGGAGCUUUGGGUCUCUGCUGUAUGAACUGCUGACAGGAACGGCAUUGUCCUGGAGCCACCCCUCAGGAAUCCAGGCCCAUACCCAGCUCCAGCUGCCGGAGUGGCUCAGUCGUCCAGCAGCCUCCCUGCUGACUGAGCUGCUGCAGUUUGAUCCGAACCGGCGCCUGGGUGCUGGAGAUGGCGGUGUCAGCAAGCUCAAGUCCCACCCCUUUUUCAGAACUAUACAGUGGAGCAAACUGGUGGGUCUCAAGGCUCCACUAAAUCAUCGCGCACUGUGACUUCAUACCCUUUUGGAAUAAGAAACCACAAAACACAUGGAAUGGUUACCCACGCUCUUAGCCAGAAGAAAGAUGUUUUGAGCUCUGAAGAACUGGUGUGAGUGGUUACCCUAAUCUCCCCCAGCUUUCGGGGCUCCUCUCCAGUCUCACCUAUCACUCACUAGGGUAUGACACUGAGAAACUUCCACUACUGCCUCUAGAUUCUUUCCUGUCACUCUGUCACCACCAGGUGGCACCUCUGGCUCUGAAGGCCCAGGUCUCUGGCUAGAGACUUGCACCCCGGGGAUAAUGCCUCAGGUCUACUCUGGGGGCACAGAGCGUGUGAGAAAGCACAGCCUAUGUGUGAUUCUUUGUGGUCCAUGUCCUGGCUUUCCCUGGGAUUUGCCUGUCCCCCCAGUAUAGUUUGCUCUUGCCUGUGGCAUCCCUGGUUCAUUAAUGUGAUGAGCAGCCUAUAGUUAGGGCAGUUUGGAAGGCACUGCCAGAGAAGCUCCACCAAAGUCAAGAAUGACCUUGGAGCCUGCUAGGAGGUAAGAAGCAGGACUGGAGGUGAGUGGCAUCCCCAUCCCCAACUCCUGCCCCUACAGAGUAUCCCUACCCUUCAGGGGAAGCGAGGGGGUGGGGGCUGGGACUGAGCUCUAUGGAAAAUAGGAAGAGAAGCCUGAAAGAGGGUCAAGGUACCUCAGGGGCAUACUACUAUACUCCUCAAAUUAACACCUUGAAAUAGACACAGCUCCUGAGAAAAGUAAAGCUGUGAGAGGCUAAAGAUACAACCUAGUCAGAGCCUGUAAGCAGAUUCACAAGCUGGUGUUCCUUUAGGUACACCCCGCAAUUCAGGCCAGACCACGUCCAACCACUGCUUCAAGUGCACGUCCCUCCUGGGCUUUCUGGGCCUCAUCCAUCCAGCACACACUGCACAUCAGGACUGUUAGGCCCCGAGCUCAGAACACUGUGGUCCCAGCACUGAUGGGACUUACAGUCAACUAACCUUUUGGGAAAAAAAAAACGGGACAAAUAAUAUCUACUCUAAGUUUACUAGAGAAAUUAACGCUUCUAACACCAAGCCCUGGACCUAACAUACAAUCCUGAAGUUCUUACUUUCAUCGAACCUAAUUCUUUUUUCUACCCACAAGUUUUAGUUCUACCCUCUGGGACUCACUUCCUUCCCACGACAGACCUUCAGUGAGGGAUCAGCAGAUAGCAACUACAGCUGUGUUUCAACUGGAAAGCCAUCAUGACUGUUACUUGGAGUCAGUCUAGGUUAGCCACCAACCCUGUCCAAUCACCCUCCCAGACCACUGCCCUUAGGCGACAAUCUACCCUCAUUUGUUUAUAUAGACUUUGAGUAUCUUGAUACACACAUAGCAGUCAAAUUUAAAUUAAAUUAUGAGAUGCCCCCAACACCUCCCCAACCUAUUCCAAAAAUAAAGCAAGCCCCCCACCACAAAAAAUGCAAAUGUCUGCUGGUGUUUUAGAGGAGCUUCACCAAGGUGGGGACCCCAAUUUCUCUUCAAGAGUAUGGCUUAAAAGGCUCAAGGGGCUCACUGGAAGGAAGCAAGGGACUAAGACAAUUAAUGCCCUUUUUUUUUUUCUUAAGACAAGAGACUCAAGCUGUCACCCUGGGUAGCGUGCCAUGCCAUCACAGCUCACAGCAACCUCCAACUCCUGGGCUCAAGCGAUUCUCCUGCCUCCGCCUCCCAAGUAGCUGGGACUACAGGUGCCCGCCACAACGCCCGGCUAUUUUUUGGUUGCAGCUGUCGUUGUUUGGCAGGCCCAGGUUGGAUUCGAACCCGCCAGCUCAGGUGUAUGUGGCUGGCACCUUAGCCACUUGAGCCACAGGUGCUGAGCCAAUUAUGCCUUUCUGACUGGCAAUC